UUUUUAUUCAGUGAAAAUAGUAGUUCAAAGGGAAAACCAAACUUCUUUAAAAAUUGUUUAUUAUAUUUUAAUAAUAUUAAAGUAAUUAAGCUUUAACAAGUGAGAUGAGUUUACAAAUGGAGAGUCCAUUAACGGACAGCAAAAUGGAUAUAUCAGACGCAACAACUUCACAAGGCUCAGCAGGUGUAUCGCCACUGGGAGAAGAUGAUGAUCCUGAUGCCUCACAAUCGCCAACUCACAGCAAUCACAAUAUACACCAAGUACUCAUAAAAGAUACAAUUGUUGUAUCGAAUAGCACAAUGAAGGAGGUGAAUGUUGAAUUGGUAAAUGAAGUUACAUCGAAUCUGGAUAACAGAUUGGUACGACCAGACGCGUUAUCGUUGGAGCUAAUACCACAGCGACAAAAUAUUGCACGUACCAUUACCGUGAGUCAUCCAUUAAUGUCACCCACGUGUUCCGAGAAUGAACACAGCUCGGCGAAUUCGGUGACGAUGAAUAAUGAUGUGAAGCGCAACAAUUUCCCCGAUGUGGUGCCGCAAUACGAACAUGUGCAGUCGCCGCUGCAGUCUAGUACAAUAAUUGAACGAAAUGCUUUAAAUAAUACACGGGGUAUUGCAAACGCACCUGCUCCAGCGCACAAUAAGCUAGCUUAUUUACGUGCCCAUAGUCCUGAUCUGUUGAGCAGCGAAUCUGAAGCAGACGUAUCACAGUAUCACGCUACAGUUGAGGCCAACUUUCAAACGGUAGCACUCUUACCGACUGCGGGUAAUGAAUUGCAUAAAAAUACUCGUCGUAUUAGAAAAUCCAAUACAAAUGGUGGUAACGGUGGUGAUGACAUCUCAUCACUAGAUUCAAUUUCAAAUCACAGUUUUGACGAUGAUGAGGACAUUGAACAUAAUUUGGCUUCGUUAAGCCCAUCGAGUUCAUUGAUUGACGGUUUAGAUGAUGAUAGUGAUGAUGGCGGCGUCGCCGGUUGUAUAGAUGAUGAAGACGAUUAUCCUGAAGCAGUUACCCCAACACCACAUUUACAAUCGAUGGCGUUAACGAGCAACAUAGAAGGUGCAUCCGACAAAUUGCCGCAAUAUUCGGCAGCUGAAGAGAGACGUGACUCAAGAAAUUGGCAAAAGAUCACAUUACCUGAUGGCCGUACUAGAGAAAUAGAUAUGCGCGUGAUCGAACCAUAUAAACGUGUGCUCUCCCAUGGUGGUUACUUGCAGGCUGGCGGCCACAAUGCUAUUGUCAUUUUUUGUGCCUGCCAUCUGCCGGAUCGUUCGCGUGCUGAUUAUAACUACGUAAUGGAUAAUCUAUUCCUGUAUGUGGUUAAAACAUUGGAACAAUUAGUAACGGAGGACUAUGUGCUCAUCUAUUUGCAUGGUGGCACUAGUCGACGCAAUGUGCCGCCAUUUCCAUGGUUAAAAAAAUGCUAUCAGCUUCUAGAUCGCCGUUUAAGAAAAAGUCUGAAAAACAUGUAUUUAGUACAUCCAACAUUCUGGAUUAAAUCUAUAGUAUGGAUGACUCGUCCCUUUGUUAGCGCAAAAUUCUGGCGCAAAUUGGUGUAUGUGAAAUCUUUGGAUGAGCUUGCCAAGUACGUGAUUGUGGAGAAAGCUGCCAUACCGGAGAAGGUCAAACAGUAUGAUGCGCGACAUAACUAAAAAAGUGCUUACACAUGGCUUGCAUUCCCGCCAAAGCUAUGUACUUGGCUAGCAAAUCACAAUUAGUGCAAUAGGCAAAAAAUUUAAAAGCAGCAAAAGAACACAGCGAAGUUUUUACGCACCUCUUGCGUUAGUUGAUGCAUUCCUUAUGCGCCUUUUUAAAUAUUUUGAAAUUAUGUUCCAUUUAUCUGUAGCUGGCAUACAGUUUUUAUUAUUUAUAUUUACGCACUUGUCGCGCUAUGAACUAAAAUUCUAUCACUCCAUUACUCGCAUAUCUCAUACAGCGAUAGGUUUUUCAUUUAAUUGUUUUCUUGUAACGUUCGGGAUCUCAAAUUUGUUUACUAUAUGUAGUAUUGUGAUAUUUUCGCAUUUAUUAGCUUUGCUCUUCUCAUUUCACAUACUUUAGAGAUGAUACUUUCAUAAAUGAAAAGCAAUAAUUAUUGCACUCGGUAGGAUAGUAUAAAUUGUAUGUGUAUGUAUGUAUAUGUAAAGGUAUCAACUCGUUUACAAAGGCUUAUGUUAAUGUUCUAUCAAAAAAUGUGUUUACUGUUAAGGAGAAUGAAAGAUUUAACUACACGAAAGAAAUUAUUCAUAAAUAAUCAUAUAUGUAGGUAAAAAAAAAUAUGUACAUCGAAUAUUUUGUAGACUUGUAUGUAACUGUACUGAGCAAAAAGAAAGCACCCAAAGUCCGUGCAACCAUAAAUUGUUUUGGUGCCAAGCUGUACGCCCUUGGAAAGCCGGCUGAAAGUUAUUAUGUACGUACCUUGUGGCUUUUGGUUUUUGUAGCAUAAAUAAUGUAAAUCAUACCAAUAUGUAACAUUUUACACAUGCACGUCCAAUGAUGUGCUAACGCUUAUGUAUUUCCAUAUAUAUAAUAUAUGCAUUGAUUUGUUAUCAUGCUUUUCCUACAUACCUACAUAUCGUAUGCUAAUUACAAAGAUGUCGAAAAAGUUAUAGAAAAAACUAAUAAUGGAUAAAUGAGUCUUAAUAAAUUAUUAGUGUACUUUCUGCACUAACAUUUAA